AUGUCUUUGAAAGUAGAAAAGGGUUUCUUGAAAGCUUUGGCAAAUCGGCUGAAAGGGAAUUCUUCUUCUUCUGCCUCCUACGCCACGGCAGCAUCAGAUCCCCACGGCCACGCCAAAUCUGGGUCGUCGGUGCUGAAGGGAGAGUUUUUCCCGGUGUACGUGGCGGUGGGGAUGAUAGCUUUGUCGGCGGGAUUCGGCAUCCACACCGCCAGGCACCAGCUCAGCCGGUCGCCUAAUGUGUACGUGAAGAAGUCGAGGAGGGAGACGGUGCCGGAAGUGGUGGAGCCGGAGCAGGUGGUGGAGGACGCCGAUAACUUCAUCAACAAGUCUUUCUUCCGGAAGGUUGCUCAUGUCCAGGACUCCGAUCGUCAACAAGUCAUGCCUGAUCCUAUCCGAGGAGAUGUUUUCGUUAGGAAACCCAAGGCAGAGACAUUGAAAUCAGUGGGAGUAGAGUGAAUCCGGAUCGGAUGACUGUAACGAUGACUCAAAAAAUAUUUCCGACUACCUUAAUUAGCUCAUGAUAACUGUGACACUCUUUAUAAGAUCUUUCUUGUUUUGGGUUGGUUUUUGUGCUUUUCUACCUAAAGUAUGACUUAAUACUACUAGAAUGUUUUAAUCCUCA